UGGGCACUUUAGCUUCCAACCCAGCCUUACAGACGAGACCCGACCCAGCUUUCGGGGGCAUUCAUUUGUUUCCACGACCCAGCGACACUCGAUUUUUUUGCAAAGUUUCAGUGCCAUUUAAGACGCUCUCAGAAGCAGCGUCGCCCGUACCUGUCUCUCGUUUGUUCAACUCUCAGUCCAUCAAAUAUGGCCGACGCAACACCCACCAACGGACCAGACACGCUGGACGAGACCCUCAAGCGCCUCUCAAACAAACCCGGCGUCAAAGCCACCGUCAUCCUCGACCGAGUCACUGGCGCGAUACUACGAACGAGCGGUCAGCUGUCGUCCUUCAACGCAGCAACGCUACAGACAUCCGGAGGGGGCUCCUUCUCGGGCGAGGGCGCCGCCGCGCAGCAGCAGCAGAACGGCGAGGAGCAACCGCAAGGCUUGGAGGACUUUGCCGCCAAGGUCUGGAACUGGGUGAAUGCGUCGGGCACCCUGGUGUUGGACCUGGAUACCGAGGAUGAGCUGAAGCUACUGAGGCUACGAACGAAGAAACAGGAGCUGGUCAUUGUACCAGAUCCGAAGUACCUCCUCAUCGUAGUACAUGACACACCGCCGGCUUGAAAAAUCUCGAGGUCUGACUCACGAUGUUGGCAUCGACCGGCGUUUCACGGACUUAUCGCCAUUGGCUUCACCGAGCGGACGUCCUCCAGAAGGAUUUGCGUUUGCCAAGCUGGGAGGGCAAAGGGGCCGGGAUUGAUAUGCUCAUUGGUCGACUCCAAGGCGAUCGUAUUUACAAAUACGCAGGAAAGGGAAACUGGGAAACCCUCCUUCAAGCUGCCAAGCUGCAAGCUCUACGCACAUACACACACAUGGAAAACAAACAAGGGGGGAAAGAGAGAUAGAUAGCUGCUCUCGGCAUGGACGGUCGAGGCGGGCGCGAUUACGAAUGAUACCCUGAUAUUACCAUCCGCC